UGUAGACAAAAAAAUCGGAUUUGAGCUUUAAGACCUGCAGUGUGAACGUAGCCAUAGUUAGAAUCGUAGGGCUGGCUUCCCUGACGACCAAAAAGAUAUCCAAGCACCCCGGAUGUUCCCAUUCCAGUCCAGAAGCCUCCUCCUGUUCCAGGAGCUGCCUGGCCUCCUGGGUACUGGUGCCUGUGAGUGUAAUCACUGUGGAAACAUGCAUGAACUGAGUGUGAAGGAGAUCUGGAACAGAUUCGGUUUGUAAUAUUAGAACAUCAGGACGAUGUCUCCCAGCUAAAAACAAAGGGAGAUGUCAAAAAUUCAACAUUAACUGAAUUUCUGAAUUUUUUGAGAAAUUCCUGGAUGCAGAUCAGGAUCAACUCCAAACUAAAACCAGUUCUAAGUCCGAGCAAAUAUCUUCAAAUGUUCUUUAGAUCAUUGAGAAAGAUGUCCCACGGGAGAGGCGGAGCCUGCGAUUGGUCAGCAGGUCUGACUUCAGGAGUCCAAACCUGGACGUUUUCAAGGACGAUUUAUUCGAUUCGUCAUGUUUGAUAUGAGGGGCUUUAGGACCCUGUGGAAGAAGUCUCUGCUGACACACACCUCCUCUGUAUUCAGCGCACAUGCCUCUUCUCUCCUCCUCCUCCUCCUCCUCUCCACCUCCUCUCUGCAGGAGAAUCAUUCUCGGAGCAGACGGACACCUGCCUGCCCGCCUGCCUCUCUCCUCUUACGGCUUUUUUGGAAAUACGGAGCUUCGCAUCGGGAACCCGCCGCCUCUCAGCCCGCUCAGAGCGCACCCAACGCGGCUGCGGGACGGCCGCGGGGGUCGCUGUCACGCCUGGAUGCGCAGAUGGAUGGACGAUGAAUGGAUGGACGGCUCUCGUGUCUCACCUUGGGAGCAAAGUUCAGUAUGCAAUGCCUGACCCUUGACCUCUGACCUCUCUGAGAGACCCCUUGAGGAGGAAACGAGUUCUGAGGAGAGAUGGAAGGUGGAGGAAACAAGGAGAGCCGAGGAGAAGAGCCUGAAACCUCCUCCGGGCUUGGGAGAGUCUCACGGAGAGGAGGAGGAGAAGCCUGCAGACAAAAUGGCCUGAUCAACACGCACAGACUGGGGGCGGAGCCUCGGGAGGUGCUACUGUCAGUGUACUCUGCUCCUCAGUAUCAGGGUCACGUGGUGGUGAGCACCUCCCCUCAGCAGGAGCACAGCAGGGGUCCUCCCCAGCUUCUGAACCCCAGCACUCUCCUGCCCCAGCAUGGGGUGCCAGACCCUCGCCUCAGGCCGGCCCCCCGCCUCUUCCUGUGCCCGGAGAGUGUCCUGCGGGCCUGGGGGGAGGCUGGGGGAGGCGACUGCUGUGAGACCACCUUCAUAGAGGGACUUGGACCAGAAGCCUCCUCUUCUUCUGCCGCCGCCGUCUCCACAAAGGAGGUGCUGCUGUUUGCUGACGGGAAGUAUCUGGAGUUUUCUGGUGAGGAGGCAAAGAUUCACACACUGUCCUAUGACAUCGACGACGAUGACGACUUCCAGGAGCUCGAGAGCGAUUACUCCAGCGAAUCAGAGAGCGAGGACGCCUUCCUGCUGAUGCCUCCCAGAGAUCACCUGGGCCUCAGCGUCUUCUCCAUGCUCUGCUGCUUCUGGCCGCUCGGCAUCGCCGCCUUCUACCUGUCACACGAGACCAACAAGGCAGUUUCCAAAGGAGACUUUCACCUGGCCAGCUCCAGCUCCAGGCGGGCUCUCUUCCUCGCCGUCCUGUCAAUUACCAUCGGGACAGGUAUCUAUGUGGGCGUGGCCGUGGCGCUCAUCGCCUACCUCUCCAAGAAUCACCACUGGUAGCCUAAGAUCACGGAGCGAACCCUCACCUUCCCCUGGAGUUCAGCUCCCCAGUGAGUGUUUUCAGCAUGUUGGCCGUCAUCUCGAACUGGAGAACUUCCUGUGAGCGCACGAUGGCGUCGGACACCCCGCUGUGCUGUUCUGAAGGGCCAAUCGGAUCCAAGGAGAGGAGAUGUGUGAGAAACAAAGAACCAGCAGCAUUUUUUAAAGCUUCUGCUGGCGUUAGUUUGUUUAAAAGAACAUUUUUGGUGUGAUUACUCUCAUUUCCAUCAUCCAAACUGCACUGAAUCAUCACUUUAACUGUAUCUGCAUGAAAAGUUCUUCAUUACUGUUGGAGGACGUGAAUCAAAAAGCUCGAAUAAACCCUGGAGGUGAUGUUAA